CUUUUUCGGCCUUGAGAACUACCGGCGCCUUAUUUGCGAAAUGAAGGUCAAGGCGAAGGAAAAGGAUGAGAAAAACGUGGUUUAUAGCAUUCACAGUUAUUGAAUUUUGGAAUUUCAGGAUGAUGAUGAGGCUGUUUACAUAAAGCUUAAUGACGUCCCGUUGGACAUGUUGAGGUAUAGUAUAUCUAUGCAGUCAGGAGCGGAGCGGAAAGAAACCCGUAAGACGUUACUACUCAAAAUGGGUGCUAAGAAGCCAAAAAACGCAUAUAUUAAUUAUAAGGAACUGAUGCAAAAUCGAUUGAAGUCGAAAAUGGAGGCUCAAAUGUAUCCUUGUGAUCGUGCUGCUACUUUCGCUAAUAAGAAGCUACCUUUGAAGAAGAAAAAGAAAGAUAAAAAGAAGGAAAAAUCAAAGAAGAAGUCAAAGUCCAAGAAACGUUGAUUUUCAAUUUUGUUUACACGUUCAUGAAUUUCUGUUCCCCAAUUUGUAUCAUAUACUGUUAAAUAUCAGCUAUUUCGACUAUCUGAAUAAAAUCUUGGCAAUAAAA